AUGAACUACGAUCAUCUAAAUGACGAGCAGAGGCAGCGACUCUAUUAUCAAUACUUACAGCAACAGCAACAGCAACAACAGCAACAACAGCAACAACAACAGCAGCAGCAACAACAGCAGCAGCAACAACAGCAACAGCAACACCAAAAUCAACCUCGGCAGCAACAUCAAUUUCAGCAAUCUUCUCACCAUCAACAAUUUCUCCUGCUGCCGUUCCAACAGUCACAACAAAAUAAAGCUUACGACAAUGGCAACAGAUUCCAACAAGUUCCGAACCACUACCCCGGCGACCACCAGUCGCCCAACGACAGCUAUAUGGAGGAUGAUACUGUAAAUCAAUAUGAUAAUUUCUUGAACAGCUCGCCAACUUUCAACAGCAGUGCCCAUGAUCAGGGAAAGUUUCAGUCUAUAGAUUCAUUAAACUUCAGGCCCCCUACAUCGACUUUUACUCAAUUGGCAAACAAUAGCAGUACCAAUUUAUCUGAAACUAGUAACGUUUCAGCUGCAAACUCAGCUGCUUCUAACGAACAAACACCGCCUAGAACCCAGAAUCCAGCUCAAGCCUUUACUCAGAAGCCGGGACUUCAGCAGCAAAUACCUCAGCAGCAGGCACCCCAAUAUGGCUACCAAGCUGUGCAACAGCAGCUGAAGCAACCAAAUAAUUUAGUGAGGAUACAAGCCUCUAAUUUAGAGUCGUCUGACUUUCAGCCGCCAAGAACAGAGAAGUCCAAUUACGUUUAUUUUACAAGACAAGCCAAUCAAUUGGAUAAACUGAUACAAGAUAAAGCAGCAGCAGUGAAGUUAAAACUUGAAAAUUAUUACCAAAUGUCAGUUAGCCACGCGAUUGAAAGGAAUCAAAGACGAUUAGAUUUGGAACACAAGGUGAUGAAUGAAGGUAUUGGAUCAAGUGAAGAGAGAAAGAACCGACAGUUGCAGAACUUAGGUAAGAAAGAGUCUCAGUUCUUGAGACUAAGAAGGACGAAGUUGUCUUUGGAAGACUUCAUUACUGUGAAAGUAAUAGGCAAAGGAGCCUUCGGGGAAGUUAGAUUGGUUCAAAAGAGAGACACUGGUAAAAUAUAUGCUAUGAAAACAUUAUUGAAAUCUGAAAUGUACAAGAAAGACCAAUUAGCCCACGUUAAGUCAGAAAGAGAUGUAUUAGCUGGCAGUGACUCGCCGUGGGUUGUAUCGUUAUAUUAUUCCUUCCAAGAUUUGCAAUAUUUGUAUUUAAUUAUGGAGUUUUUACCAGGAGGAGAUUUGAUGACUAUGCUUAUAAGAUGGCAGAUUUUCACAGAAGAUAUUACAAGAUUUUACAUGGCCGAAUGUGUACUAGCGAUAGAGGCAAUCCACAAGCUAGGAUUUAUUCACAGAGAUAUUAAGCCGGAUAAUAUCUUGAUUGAUAUUAGGGGACACAUAAAAUUAAGUGAUUUUGGACUUUCCACUGGCUUUCACAAAUCCCAUGAUUCCAGUUAUUACAAGAAAUUGUUAGAAAAAGAGCCUCAAAGUCAGCAUCUACAACCCGGAAGUGCAACAGCUGGAGCUGCCACAACAAAUGGAAGGAAUUCGAUGAUGGUUGAUGUGAUCAACUUAACUAUGUCCAAUCGACAGCAGAUGCAGACAUGGAGGAAAUCACGUAGAUUGAUGGCAUAUUCAACGGUUGGUACGCCAGACUACAUUGCUCCGGAAAUUUUUAUUCACCAAGGAUAUGGUCAAGAGUGUGAUUGGUGGUCUUUGGGCGCAAUUAUGUUUGAAUGCUUGAUCGGAUGGCCACCAUUCUGCUCUGAGACUCCUCACGAAACUUACAGGAAGAUAUUGAAUUGGCAAGAAUCACUCCAGAUUCCGGAGGAUAUUCAUUUGUCUCCUGAAAGUGAGGACUUGAUUCGAAGGUUGUUGACCAAUUCAGAGAAUAGAUUGGGAAGAUAUGGUGGAGCUGAAGAGAUCAAGAAGCAUCCAUUUUUUCGGGGUGUGGAUUGGGAAACAAUCAGAAAUGUCGACGCUCCCUUUAUUCCAAAACUAAGAUCCAUCACUGAUACUAGAUUUUUCCCCACUGACGAACUUGAAAAUGUACCUGACUCACCUGCUCUUACAAGAGCUCAAGAACAAGGCGAUGACAUGGUCAAAGAGGACUUGCCUUUUAUAGGUUACACGUAUUCUAGAUUUGACUAUCUUACUCGUCGGAAUGCAUUGUAA